CUACGAAGUGCGAGUUUGCGUUGGUCAGAAGAAGGGAGGCGGUUUCAAGUUUGAGGGCAAACAGAUUCCAGUGAAAACAGGACCGCACACGUCAGCGCACAGCACAGAACACAACAGCUGGCAAUUUGUGCCGUCGAGUGAGCAAGCAGCCUAUGCAGCGACGGGAUCGGACAGCAACCCACUCCCAUUGGUGCUGCCGCACCUCAAGAAAACGGAACCACGGGAUUUACUUGCGAAAUGGAGUGAGAAAGAAGAUACCAACCUGGGAAAAUACGACUUCAUGCUAGAUGGAGGAAAGAAGUCCUUACGAACAGACAUACGGAUGGACUACACAGUGGCGAAAAAGAAGGACGAACCCGACGACUUAAUGUCGCAGUUGCAAGACGUACAGACUUCAUGUCCUAUAGGUCGUGUGUCGCUUCUCUUCCAUGUUCAUGGUUUUCGUAGGAUGCUUUUUCGUCACUACUUUGUCAUCAACAUUCCCAUAUCAAUGCGCUGGUUUAUUUCAUGAACGACAAUUUUGAACGCACCGACUUCAACAGGCAAAAGGCAUGUGCUGUGGUGGCGAUACAGUGGACGUAGGUGGCAAGCCCGAGGAACAGUAUAGCCACGAAACCCUGGCAUUUUACCAACGUGUCUACUGCGAGGAAGCCAAAUAUGCACCGCAUACAUGUGCCACGAGCAUCGGUAUUGGAAAGCAACCGAUUGUUCCCAAAUUCGACCGAAAAGUCGCCGGUGCGGGAGCGCAGGAAGAGAGGGAUACAAAGUUAUGCGCGGCUCUUGGUUGAGGAAUGUGAACGACAACAACAUGUUGCUUGCUUUGAAAAGCUAGUUUUGCAUUCGUCGAGGUGUAAGUAAAGUACAUCAUAGUCGGAUGUUUUAUUGUACUCACAAGCUGCUGCUCUAAACUUAGACCUUGACAACGUGGACAAUCCCUGGUACCGAGAUCCCACAUUUGAUCAGAAGUAUUGUCGGCGCGUGCUCCACCUGCCCAUUCCCGAGAAACUGUCUCUGCUAGACGCAGACGGCAAGAAAAUCUUGGCACCACUGAAUCAUGUGAACAAAAUCGUGCUCCGUGGUGCUGGUACGUGCAGUCGCGGACAGUCGCAGGUAUUUCUGGUAUUGCGUCAGAGCUCCCGCAGUUUGAAGCUGUUCUUCGACGUAGCAGGGGACAGCUACUACGUGAAGUCUCUUCUCGCGAAGCUGAAGGAUAACCCGACUCCGGGACAACAGGCCAUCGAGCGCACGGUGACAGGACUAAUGAACGAGUUGUGGGAGACAACGCGGGCGCUAGGCGGGCAGCCGAUUACGGAUCAAUUCGUUAGCAUCGAGAAGUGGAAGAUCAGCCCAGGCAACUUCUUUUCUGGCGCCAAGUUAUCCGUUGUAGUCGACGUGGACCUGGACAAGAGCGGCUUUGUCGAGCAGGGAACCGAAGCGCAGUACGACCAGAAAACGAAGGAUCUGGUCGCGCACGUCUCGAAGGCGUUUGCGGAGGACAAGG